UUGUUUUCCUGUUCGUUGACAAGAUACAGGAACGUUUAGUUCCCAACAGCCAGCUGACGCCAUGGCUUCUUCCCAUGAUCUCGACCUGUGGAAGUUUAUGAUCAACGGCAAUUGCUUCAGAAAACUUGUUGACACCACGGCCUCAGCCGUGCUGGUAGUUGGGCCGAUGGGCGCUGGCAAGAGCACCACCAUUGGGAUUCAAACUGGCGCCAAGUAUGAAGCUGUGAAAGAGGAGGCGAGCCGUAUCAAAGUAACAAUAUAUGGUUUCCCGCCCCCGGGGGUAAAGAGUAACAGACCUGAUGAGCAGCUGUAACGGCUGCAACUCGAGACUGAAGAGGCCUGUAGGAUCGUCGGGGUACUGUGAUCCCUGCUGGCUGACCGUCAGGAUAGAGAGGCUGGUAUUUACCCGGUGUCCAGCUCACACUGCGGUCGACCUCGUCGAGUACUUGAAGGGCGUCACAGCUACCCUGGAACGGGCUUGUGAAAAGUUCGAGGCUGAUCGAACUGCGGGGUUCGUUACAGAGGAGGGUGUGCCAAUACCUGGAGCUCGGGAGAAAAUCCUGGCAGAUCGAUCGGGGAAGGAUCCCUUCGAGAAAGGCAUUCACCAAGGUGAACGAGACAAAGGCGCAUCAUCGACAAAGAGAGCAUCGUCGGACUCCGUUGCGGUGAAGAAGGAAAAGGAGGUGGAUGGCAGGCUGAAGAAGGUUUACAGAUGUGUGCAAUCCGACAACCGCAGACCACAGACGGGGGACGGCUAUACCUCCAAAACGUUGAACAUUGGCUUGUAUGUGGCAGAAGAAAGGUAUGGAGGAUACAGCUACUUGGACACUGCUGGCCUGAACGAAGAUCGCACGGACACACAUCGCAUGUGGACACAGUGGAGUUUGGCAACAAGCUUCUCCCUCUUGCCCAAGAUCAAAUGUGUGAUUCUGGUCAUGGAUUUCAGAUCCUUGGUCUCGGAACGUGGAUUUGGUAUGCGUGCAACUGCGAAGUCACUUGCUCCCAUCACAGGGAGUGGAGAAGCUUCUCGGCACUUUUACGACUCCAUGAUCUUCCUUUUCACCAAUGCCUAUGAAGAUGGGGAGAGGGUCCAGGCUGAAAGCAUUAUUAAGAUUGCAAGAACGCAACUUUCAGAGCAGAAGAAGCUAUGGGAGCAGCAUUAUAGACAAGUUGAUGCUCAGAGUAGAGCUGAUGAUCCUCAGAUACAAGAGAGAGUGGCUAUUCUGACCUUUUUGAAAACUUUGGCAGAAGCAAACGGAAGAGUGCACGUGUGCUUUCCAGAUACACCGGCACAGUCUGAAAGCCAACGACUAAUGGUGCAGAAAAUGAUCGGGAAGUCUGCGGCCAUCACAAAAGAGAUGCUCACUGACAUCGUUGCUACACGACCCACCAGCAACUUAGAGGUGCUGCAGAUGUUUGCGAAGCUGGCCACGGAGCCCGACAGCCGACUGGGUGGCAAAAGCUACACAGAGAUGUUAAGACAAAGGGCUGACCAUUUGCAGCAACUUGUACGUCUGAAAGAGAAGCACAAAGAGAGGCUACAGGCGAUCGAGAGCGACUGGCAAUCAGUUCAACGUGACAUGCUAUCCACGCUGUGGAAAAACAGAGACGAGUUGUCGCAGCAAAAAAGGCUUGCCGAAGAAAGGAUGAACCAACUGAAGAUGUCAGAGGCUCCCACAGUGAUUGCUACCAAGGAAGUAAAGAAAUCCCACCCUACUUCAGGUUGGUGGAUAUUCUUCAUGUUUGGUGGAGGCUGGGGAUGGGGCAAGCAGUCUGCCCGCGAGACACUUGACUACAGAGAUGCAUGGUUCUCCAAAUAUGAAAUCAAAGGUGGGGACUACACAAAAGACAUUAAGGAACACGAUUCUGGCAAAGGUUUGCUGAAGAUCGAUUUCACAUCGACGGAAGGAGUGGACCUGAACGUGGAAGUGAGAUUCUUUCGGCCAGAGAAGGACACAGAAGAGACCACUCGACUCAUAGCAUCUUUGGAACGUCAAGUUCAAGAUCUAACCUCUCAAAUCCAGGACUGCGAUGUGAAGAUGGUGGCUUUCCAAGGCGCUGAUUCUCAGAAAGCUCUAGUUGCAUUGAUCAUGACAGAAAAAGACCAGCUGGAGCACGCAGACCAAGACUUGGUGGAGCAACUUGACCGAACAGCUGUACAGCCAAGCGAUGACUUCCCUCAAGCUCCGUCACAAUGGAGUGUGCUCACCAAUUUGAGAGGAGUUUUGUCCGUGUUGAUUGAAAAGCAAAUGUUGCCGGUGGAUUUGGCCGCGAGCACACGUGAGCCCAUCGAGAGCUUUUUGCAUGCUUGGGAUCAUGUGCAGAAGCUCUUGCGAGAACUGGAGAGAGGUCCUGGCAGCAGUGCAAUCUCGCUAAAAAGCAGCACGGUUUCAUCACACAUAGAGGAUGCCCCACCAGUCAAGCCAAGCUUGCGGGCGAUUGCUCGUCUCUCUUGGGCCCACUUCUGUGCAGAAUCUGCAAUCGACAAGGCACGCCUUGUGCUUGAGGGGCUGAUGCGCCAAAGGGUGGCUCUGGCUACCGCGCUUUUCACCUAUGCGGUGUUGCUGAAAGUUUCGCCGUCUGACACACUGCAGGGCGCUUUUGCGAACCUCCUUUUGGCUUUGUCAGUUUACAUCGUGGCCUUGAAAAUCUUGAGUGACGGCGUGCAUGAAGCAUCCAUGAUUGCGAUGUCUUGCAAACAUCAAGUCGACAGCUAUUUGAGCUGUUUGAGCUUAUGGUCAGGGGCGAAGCUGAGGGAUGCCGGUCAUGCAGGGAGUGACCUUGCCACAAGUAUUGCAGAAAGACUUGGCAAUGCUCUCAGCAACAUGAAACCUUUUGUGAAGAUUUGCUAAUUUUCCGCUUUUGGCUUAUUUUGGCUUGAUGGAAUGAUUGGGAUGUGUUUGUUUGCGAUCGGUUUGUUUGCGACAGUCAUUUAGCCUUGACUCCAGAAGCCAUGCCAGUUGUGCCUUGAGCAUGUACAGCUCACUACCAACGACGCUCGGCCUUGGCAUUGUGACUGACUCCUGCACGUUAAAAGAUCGACGUGUGCCUUCC